GCCAGUCUGAAUGGCGAUUGUAACAGACUCGCAGGGCAGUGCGAACGGAGCGCAGCCCGACCUUAUAUCGCCUUGAAAAACAUAGCUAUAUCAAAUGAAACGGACGAGAACAGUUACGCCCAUGUAAAAUGGAGGAUAGCUUUGAUUGCGACUGUGGUGAGCUUGAGCCACCCGAUUGUUGAGGGCCAGACUACUCUGUGAAGACUAAAAGGCAAGACACCAUUUUGGAUGAGCGGUAGUUUCAACAGGAAGAAGAUUGAGUAAAUACAAAAAAACACAAAAAAAAUAGAAUUUAAAAUUGUAGUGCUUUUUGGCGCAAUUAGAAUCAAUGCAGCUACACAGAAUGAGUCUAUCACUGAAUGUAUCUGUACUGUGAGGAUGCAACGAUAUGCUGUUGUAGUUUUUGAAUUGGCCUCUUGCGUUCAUUCCAUUAUCGCUGGCUGUUAAACACUAAACGCCUAAAAACGGUUUAAUAACCGGAGAAGCGCCAAAAAAAAAAAAACGAUUUUGAAAAAGUAAUUCAUAUUAGGCCUGGAAAAACUUGCACCAUUUGUCAAACAAACAUGACUUUCUACUCUGGUUGUGAGUCAGAGAGCCGUGUGAUUCUGUGAGGGUUAGACAGGGGGAAACAGUAGUCUUCUGUAAGGGUUGUAUCACCCACAUUUAUAUUUUCACAAUAUUACACACCAUUUAAGACCUCCUUUUGCUUAUUACCAGUCAGUUUGUCCAUUUUGUAUUGAACAACUCCAAAGUCAAUAGAAACUUAGUCAAAACAUCAAAUCCAAGAUGGCGGAGAAGUUUGAGUCUCUGAUGAACAUCCAUGGGUUUGACCUGGGCCCACGUUACAUGGACCUGAAGCCUCUGGGCUACGGCGGGAACGGCCUGGUGUUCUCAGCCGUUGACACGGACUGCGACAAACGCGUGGCGGUGAAGAAGAUCAUCCUGACGGAUCCUCAGAGCGUCAAACACGCCCUGAGAGAGAUCAAGAUCAUCAGGAGGCUGGACCACGACAACACCGUCAAGGUAUUUGAGACGUUAGGGCCCAGCGGUCGUCACCUAACAGAGGACAUGGUCUCUCUGACAGAGGUGAACUCUGUGUACAUCGUCCAGGAGUACAUGGAGACAGACCUGUGUCAGCUCCUGGAGAGGGGUCUUCUCUCUGAGGACCACGCCAGACUCUUCAUGUACCAGCUGCUGAGAGGCCUCAAGUACAUCCACUCUGCCAACGUACUGCACAGAGACCUGAAGCCUGCCAACUUGUUCGUCAACACAGAGGACCUGGUGCUGAAGAUAGGAGACUUUGGGCUGGCCCGGAUCAUGGAUCCUCACUACUCACACAAGGGUCAUCUUUCUGAGGGUUUGGUGACUAAAUGGUACCGGUCUCCUCGCCUGCUGCUCUCCCCUAAUAACUACACCAAGGCCAUUGACAUGUGGGCUGCCGGAUGCAUCUUCGCCGAGAUGCUCACCGGGAAAACGCUCUUCGCAGGAGCACAUGAGCUGGAGCAGAUGCAGCUGAUCCUGGAGUCCAUCCCUGUGCUGAGAGAAGAGGACAGGCAGGAGUUACACAGUGUUAUCCCCGUCUUCAUACACAGUGACAUGUCCCAGCCACACAACCCACUGGCCAAGCUACUGCCCGACGUCAGCCCACAGGCCCUGGAUUUUCUGCAAAAGAUCCUGACCUUUAACCCCAUGGACCGUCUGACAGCAGAAGAAGCCCUAGCCCACCCCUACAUGUCUGACUACUCCUUCCCCCUGGACGAACCCGUCUCCCUGCACCCCUUCCACAUAGAGGAUGAGGUGGAUGAUAUCUUACUGAUGGACCAGGGUCACAGCCACACCUGGGACAGGUACCGUGACAGCCAGCUUUCUGAAGGGGACUGGCACCUCCACACCCACAGCACUCUGGACACUGACGAGGUACAGGUGGACCCUCGGGCUCUGUCUGACCAAACUGACGAGGAGGAGGUCCAGGUGGACCCUCGUAAGUAUGCAGACGGAGACCGGGAGUUCCUGGACGAUCCUUCCUACGGCUACUCCUCCCUCUUCACUCCCGAACGCUCGUGGCCUGACCCCGAUGACGAACACUUGGACCUUCACCACGAGAACAAGUACUGUGACCUGGAGUGUUCCCACACCUGUAACUACAAGGUGGCGUCUCCAUCCUACCUGGAUAAUCUGAUCUGGAGGGACAGCGAGGUCAACCACUACUACGAGCCCAAACUCAUUAUAGAUCUGUCCAACUGGAAGGAGCAGCAGAGUAGAGAGAAACAGGCCCAGGCUGCAGGCAGAGACAAGGAGCACAAGGCCCAGAAGAGCAAGUGUGAGAAGAACGGCCUGGUGAAGGCUCAGAUGGUUCUACAGGUAGAGAAGGGCCCCGUGGAGAAGGACUCCCAGCAAGAGAAGAACCAGACCCAGACUACUCAACAGAAUCAAGGCUUUGACUUUGACUCCUUCAUCGCCGGCACCAUCAAACUGAGCCUGCGAACUGAGCCCAGCGACGUGGGACUCCUGGGGGACGUGGGCCUCCUGAGCGAGGUGGGCCUCCUGAACGAGGUGGGCCUCCUGAACGAGCUCAACUCGUCUGUGUCCCAGCUGGAGGCUCCGCGGUCAGGCUCCAUGUCCAAAACCAUCAGCCAGGAGAAGGAGGAGAAGUGUCUGGUCAACUUUGCUCAGGUCAGCAUCACCGUGGGGACCGCUGGGUCUGGGGCGCGUCCCGCACACCCCUGGGAGAGCUUCGGAGGGGGGGAGAGGGUGGAGGAGCGGAGAGGUGGGUGUCUGAUGGACGGGGCGGGGCGCUGGGACGUUGGGAAAGAGGAGCAGCUCCAGAAGGACAGCUCCUACACCAGCUACCUGGACAGACUGUUCAGCAGGAAGGACGAGGACAGCGGGGAGAGUGUUGCUAGCGCCGACACCCCAGAACCCGAGCCCUCGGAUGUGGGAGGGGAGAGGGAACGGGACGAGGGGGGCUUCCUGGCGCGGAGCGGAGAAAUCAUGUUUAACAUGCAGCUGGACUCUCUGGCGCUGCCGGGGUUCGAUGCUACGACCGAAGUGCCGCUCAAAUCCAUCCAGGCCUCCCUCGCUCCCUCCACGGUCAAAUCCAUCCAGGCCUCCCUCGCUCCCUCCACGGUCAAGUGCUCUCCUCAGAUCGCCCACACAACCUACAGCAGCUUCUUCAAGCAUCUGAAUUAGAAACAUAAACGAUACCAUGCUCCUCACAGUGCAAGAUCUCUAGGCUGGUUCUGUUCUGUUGUCCUUGUAUUUUAUUUCAUUAUGAUAGUAAUGUUAUUUUACUUGAAUCAUUUCAUACCUUAUCGUAUGGCUCCUUUUUAAAAUAUACACUUUUAUUUUGUAUUAUUUUUUUUAGUUGUAGGAGUUAAAGGUAAAAUAGACUGGGUUGAAAGUUGCUAACAGAUCAAACGUCAGAGUUAUUACCUCUGGGUUCACUGGGCCUACCUGAGUUGAUCUCCCCAAUUAUCCCUCAGCAUCCACAAACUGGCAGCAUUUACACUGCACACUGAGUACUGUAGACUAAAGGAGAGGAGGAAUGGGGAAGAGAGGUGGAGAAUUGGAUAGGAGAUAAUCGAGGGAUAUGAGAAGUGGUGCUAUGCUAGCAGAACUGUUCAUCCUGCAGCCUUCCCCUGAGCUCAUCACUGAUCUGAGACCUGGCUGAAUAAGUGAAAGGAAAGUUUGCACCCUAUUACUUAAACCAAUCUGACCGUCUCAGAUCAGUGAUGUGGUCAACGCAGGAAGAGAUGUAUAGAAAUCACAGCUUUGUAUCUGUGCCAUUCUGGUGUCUGUGACAGCAUGGCCAGGGCCAUUCUGGUGUCUGUGACAGCAUGGCCAGGGCCAUUCUGGUGUCUGUGACAACAUGGCCAGGGCCAUUCUGGUGUCUGACAGCAUGGCCAGGGCCAUUCUGGUGUCUGUGACAGCAUGGCCAGGGCCAUUCUGGUGUCUGUGACAGCAUGGCCAGGGCCAUUCUGGUGUCUGUGACAGCAUGGCCAGGGCCAUUGUGGUGUCU